CUCGUGAGCUGCCGCGGCACAUUUGGAUCUGGCGGCACAUUUGACGCGUGGCGCAACGAGGCGCAAGACGGGGUGGGUGUUGUAGAGUGGAUGCGGACGCAGGAGUGGUACACGGGGUCGUUUGCCACGAUGGGGGGUUCGUAUCUGGGCUUUGUGCAGUGGGCGCUUUUGCAGGAUCCGCCCGAGGACAUGGUGGCUGCUGUGAUCCAGUGCUCGCCGCAUGACUUUAGCCAGCAUCUGUGGGGAACGGGAUCGCUAGCUCUGGAAUUCGUCACCUGGGGCGAGACGAUGGUGCAUCAAGAAGGGACGGGGUUUCUCGCGACGCUCAAGAGUAUGAAUACGCCGAGAAGGAUGAGACCGGUUCUCGACCGCGUGCCGUUGGCGGAGGGGGUGAAGGAGUACCUUGCGGGGAGCGCGCCGUGGCUGGAUUUCGUGGUUGAUCACCCGGAUACUUCGGACCCGUAUUAUGAGCAGAUGAAAUGCGGACAGGCGCUAGAGCGCGCAAAGAUCCCUAUCUUCCUGGUGGGCGGAUGGUAUGAUGUCUUCGCGCGACAGACAAUGGAGCAGUACACUCGGCUCAGCGCGCACAACCCCAACAUCGCGCUCUUAAUGGGUCCAUGGCACCACAUGCAAGUCGGUCUGCAAUCAUCAAUCAACUGGAAGUCGUUCAGCUGGAUGGAAGAGCAUCUCGCCAAGCGCCCACCGCGCGCAAAAGACGCAGCAGUGAAGUACUUCACAACGGGGGCCGAAACCUGGCGCUCAGUCGACAAAUGGCCACCCCCAACCCACGCGAAGGAACUACACCUCCACCCCAACAACCUCCUCGCAGACACCAAAUCAUCAACUCCUCACCACUCCUCCUUCACCCUCGAUCCCAACGCCCCCACCCCCACAACAGGUGGCAACCUGCUCCUCGGCGGCGGAAGCGCAGACGACACGUCGCUCUCCCACCGCGCAGACGUGCUAAUCUUCAUCACCGAGCCCCUUCCCUCGGACCUAGAAAUCGCCGGUCCCAUAGUCGUCGAGCUAUCCCACUCCAGCGACGACCCGCACGUAGAUCUAUCUGUCAGGCUCAGCGAAGUCAGUGCGAAAGGGCGGUCGCGAGGGAUCACGAAUGCAUACCAGCGGCUGGACGUGCAGCGAAGCGAGAGCAUUGUUACCCUCUCUUUAUACGAGCGCGCACACGUGUUCAGGAAGGGGAAUCGCAUCAGGCUGAUUAUUGCGGGGGCGUCGCAUCCGCAGUUUGCGAUUAAUGAGGGGGUGGGGGUGGAUGAGGUGUCGGGGAAGCUGAGGUGCGUGACGCAUACGAUUGCCUAUGGGGGGGAUUGCGUUUCGAGGGUGGUGUUGCCGGUU